GUAUUAAAUGUGGAAGGAACAGGGGGUUAGUACCCCUCCAUCCCUUUUGAAAAAUGAAGCAAAUAGCUGAUAGCUGCACAAUUCGGUAUUUUCCUAUCUGACUGUGAUUUCUUUGAGACCUGUUUCAAGUUAUUAGUGUAAAGAAGUGUAAGUGACUGCUCUACUUGAUCACAAUGGUGGACACUGAAAACCAGCUCUAUCCCCUCACUCCCUUGGAGGAGGAGGAUAUAGACAGCCCUUUAUCUGGAGAGUUCCUACAAGAUAUGGAGAACAUUCAAGACCUCUCUCAGUCUCUAGGUGAUGAUAGUUCUGGAGCUUUAAGUUUGACAGAGUUCCAGUCGCUGGGAAAUGGUCCAGGAUCUGAUGGAUCAGUUAUAACAGACACCCUUUCACCAGCAUCCAGUCCCUCGUCCAUUAACUUUGCCACAGCUCCAGGUAGCAUAGAUGAAUCAACCAGUGGAGCAUUAAACAUUGAAUGUAGAAUUUGUGGGGAUAAAGCCUCAGGCUACCAUUAUGGAGUACAUGCUUGUGAAGGCUGUAAGGGCUUUUUCAGAAGAACAAUUCGUUUGAAACUCAUCUAUGAUAAAUGUGAUCGCAACUGCAAAAUUCAGAAAAAAAACCGUAACAAGUGCCAAUACUGUCGUUUUCAAAAGUGCCUUUCAGUUGGAAUGUCACAUAAUGCAAUACGUUUCGGACGAAUGCCAAGGUCUGAGAAGGCCAAGCUGAAAGCAGAAAUUCUAACAGGUGAAAAUUAUGUAGAAGAUUCAGAAAUGGCAGAUCUGAAAUCACUUGCCAAAAGAAUUCAUGAUGCUUACCUGAAAAACUUCAACAUGAACAAGGUUAAAGCCAGAAUCAUCCUUGCAGGGAAAACCAAUAACAAUCCACCAUUUGUUAUACAUGAUAUGGAUACCUUGUGUAUGGCAGAGAAGACCCUGGUGGCAAAAUUGGUAGCCAAUGGGAUUCAGAACAAGGAAGCAGAAGUUCGAAUCUUCCACUGCUGCCAGUGUACAUCUGUGGAGACUGUCACAGAACUCACUGAGUUUGCUAAAUCCAUCCCUGGCUUCUCCAACCUUGACUUGAACGAUCAGGUGACGCUACUAAAAUACGGAGUUUAUGAAGCCAUAUUUGCCAUGUUAGCAUCUGUGAUGAACAAGGACGGGAUGCUGGUCGCCUAUGGGAACGGCUUUAUAACCCGGGAGUUCCUCAAAAGCCUGAGGAAGCCUUUCUGUGAUAUAAUGGAGCCCAAAUUUGAUUUCGCCAUGAAAUUCAACGCACUGGAUCUGGAUGAUAGCGAUAUAUCCCUUUUCGUUGCUGCCAUCAUUUGCUGUGGAGAUCGUCCUGGUCUUGUGAAUGUAGGACACAUUGAAAAAAUGCAGGAGAGCAUUGUGCAUGUACUGAAACUUCACUUGCAAACCAACCAUCCUGAUGACAUCUUCCUCUUCCCAAAACUUCUCCAGAAGAUGGCUGACCUCCGACAGCUUGUCACAGAGCAUGCUCAGCUGGUUCAGAUAAUUAAGAAGACUGAAUCUGAUGCACAUUUACACCCUUUACUACAGGAAAUCUACAGGGAUAUGUAUUAAGGACUUCUAGUAUUUUUUUCCACAAUAUUUAAAGACAGAGCAAUACAGAUGGGAGCAAAACUACUCGCACAGUUAUGUGCUGUUCACUCAGCCCAGAGCAGAAAAGAUCUAAAACUGGGGAACUGGAGUGUUGCACUUCUUUUGGUUUGGGAGCUUUUGUCUUCUUUUUAAAAGAGUUCUGCAAGAAAAUACUGAUCAGAGUGCUCAUGAAGUGUUUUACAAUGGUUCUUUUAUUUGGAAAGUUGAAGAUUGGUAAGGAAUACGUAUUUGUAUAAUAAAUCAGAAUGUUAAGUAACAGAAAUGAA